AUAUCUUUAGUUACUCCAAUAUCAAUGACCCGCAUGAACAGCUGGUUAUACACUUAAAUAGGUCUUACGUCUUGUUUAAAUUCCAACUUUGUUCUAUUAAAUAAUAGUGCGUUGUGCAUCAUUUCAUAGUUAUUGUUGAAUAAAAGAAAUAACAAUGGCCGUCAAUGUGCAAAUAUUUACUGGAACGUUUAUACAUUGUAAAAAGAUCGAUGAACCUGAAGUUAUUGAAGAUGGUGUUAUGGUGAUUCAUUGCCAAAAGAUAGUGCAUAUCGGUGAUUCGAGUACCUAUGAUAAACAAAGAAAAUCGUUUCCUACUGCAGAAAUAAUUAAGUUAACUCCAACCCAAAUAUUAAUUCCAGGUUUGAUCGACACACAUAUUCAUGCUCCUCAAUAUCCCAAUUCUGGUCUUGGAUAUGAUAAACCUCUGUUGGAAUGGUUAACUGCUUAUACAUAUCCAACUGAAACAUUAUUUAAAGAGAGCGCGUUUGCUCAACUUGUUUAUGAUGCAGUUGUGCGCAAGACAAUAGCACAUGGAACUACUACAGCUGCAUAUUUUGCCACUAUCUUCAAAGACACUAAUUUAUUAUUAGCUGAUGCUUGUAUUAAAAACGGCCAAAGAGCGUUUAUUGGAAAAGUUAACAUGAUAACCUUAGCUCCUAAGGAUUAUAUUGAAACGAGGGAAAGUUCAAUUGCAGAUACAAAACAAUUUAUUAAAGACGUUUAUGCUAAAAAGUCGGAUUUAGUCCAACCAAUUAUAACGCCAAGAUUUGCUUUAAGCGUAGACACUGAAUUAAUGUUAGAUUUGGCCGAUAUUGUUGAAGAAUUCGACUUGAAUAUACAAACUCAUAUUUCCGAAAACAAGGAGGAAAUCGAUCAAGUUAAAAAAGCAUAUGGAAUGGGAUAUGCUGAAGCUUAUGAUAAUGCACGAUUAUUAACACCUAAAACAAUUUUGGCGCAUGGAAUUUACUUGGAAGACGAUGAACUUAAAUUACUUGAGAAAAAGGGAACAUCAAUUUCUCAUUGUCCAUCAUCAAAUACUUUAUUAAAGUCUGGAAUGUGUGAUGUUAGAAAGAUUUUAAAAGCUAAAGUAAAAGUUGGUUUGGGAACUGAUGUUGCUGGUGGUGCACAACCAUCAAUUAUCGAAGCAAUGAGAAAAGCCAUCGAAGUAUCGACAUGUAUUUCGUUUGGAAAAAAUUGUUGUUACCAACCGUUGAAUUAUGCAGAAGUAUUUUAUUUGGCAACUUUGGGCGGAGCUGCUGCUCUUGGGAUCGAAGAAAAGGUUGGUAAUUUUGAAGUUGGAAAAGAAUUUGAUGCUGUCAUUGUCGAUAUGGAUGUUAAAAACUCAGCUGUCGAUUAUUUUAAGAGAUGCACUCCCCUGGAGUUGCUGCAAAAGUUUAUUUUCCUCGGCGAUGAUAGAAAUGUAAUUAAUGUAUUUGUUCAAGGUAAAAAGGUAAAGGGAGGCGACUCUCAUUAAAAAUAAAGCUUUUUCGCAUC